AUGCCUCGCAGCCGUUCAGGAACCGGGUCUGCACCCCUGCUGAACCGUGUCGGCCUGGCGGGGGCAGCAGCUCGUUUCAGCCAGCGCUCCUACGCCGCGGACUACAUGGCAUUGGGCUUUCUCGCCAUGUGUUGGUUACUGAUCCAACUUUUUGUCUCUCCCUUUCACCGGAUGUUCUCCCUCGACAACAAGUCCAUUCAAUACCCAUUCGCCGUUCACGAACGGGUUCCUGUCGUAUGGUCUGUGUUCUAUGCAGGCGUGGUUCCCUUUUUCAUAAUCAUGGCGUGGUCGGCAAUGCUGCAUCCUGGCGCGCAAAAAACACAGGUUACGAUGCUGGGUCUGUUGGUGGCGCUCAUGCUCACCUCUUUCAUCACCGAUAUCGUCAAGAAUGCAGUGGGCAGGCCUCGCCCGGACCUCAUUUCGCGGUGCAAACCCACUCGGGGCACGGCCGACAAUGUACUGGUUGCCUGGACAGUCUGUACCGAAACUAAUCAGCAUAUCCUACAGGAAGGAUGGCGCAGUUUCCCCAGUGGACACAGUAGCUUUUCCUUUGGUGGUUUGGGAUAUCUGUCUCUUUUCUUCUGCGGCCAGAUGCAUGUAUUUCGCCCUCGAACGGAUCUUGGCCGUUGCCUCCUGGCCUUCUUCCCGCUGUUGUGUGCGCUACUGAUUGCGAUCUCGCGAUUGGACGACUACCGGCACGACGUGUGGGAUGUCACCAUUGGCUCUCUUCUAGGAAUGCUGGUGGCGUGGUUCUCCUAUCGGCGCUACUAUCCAUCGAUGGGGUCUGCCCGCUGUGAUGUCCCAUACGACAAGACUGAUCCCUCUGUUCUUGAGGGCUUCGGAAAGCUGAAUGAUGAAGAGCAGGGCCGACCACGCUCCUUCAUACAGGGCGAUGGUCCUGUGCACGAGGAGAAUUACCCCAUGGAGGAGUCGGCGUCCCGUAUACUGUAG